CUCACUUGCUGUCAGACCUCCUCCUCUCCGGGACUGAAGAAGGACCAGAGCCCAGCAUGUCGGAUCAGUCGGCGUUUGACACGGACGUAUGGACCCUGACCCGGUUCGUCAUCGAGACUGGUCGCCAGGCCAAGGGGGCGACGGGUGAGCUGACCCAGCUCAUCAACGCCAUGCUGACGGCCAUCAAAGCCAUCUCCUCUGCUGUGAGGAAGGCAGGCCUGGCUCACCUGUAAGUACCAUGGCACCUCUAAAUGACAUGCACGCAUGAUUACAUAACUGACUAAAUGUGAGAUACCUUCAGUUAAAAACAGGCUUAUGUGUAUUUAUAUGUGUGUGUGUGAUGGCAUUUUAUUGAACUUAACAAGACCUUUGCUGUUUGCAUACCUCAGAGGAAAGGUCAGAGGUCAACAUCAGCCGUCAUAGAAUUCCUGCUUAAGGUAGUUGACAUUUUGCUUUAGUCCUGCAGUAGAUAACACAGCCAAGAGUGGACUACGAUUGAAGCUGGUGUGUGAAUUGAGACUUUUCAAGUGUCAGGGGUGACAGAGCGGGUGGUGCUGAUAUGACUGAUUGUUCUGUGCGGCCAAAAAGUCAUGCAGCUGUGUUUGAUUCAAGUGCAUUUCAACACUCUGGGGUUGAUAAAAGAGAGUGCUUUGUCUUUUCUUGUAGGAGAUAAAAUAACAUAGAUAAACGACUCUUUGUCAGGAGAGUUGACAAAGCAAAUUAAAGUUCUGCAGUCCCUGUCAAUGUUUCAAAGUUAUAUGCCGUUUCUGUGCUUCUUCCUUGUGUACGUUCCAUUGUACUUCUAUAGAUAUUGAAGGUUGUGCUAAUUUUAACUGCAAGAUAUACUGACCGGUGGUGUUAUCUACAGAAGGUUUACAUCCAUGUUAUUAUUGUGAGCAUACUGUACAUACUGUAAAUGCUAAAAGAGGCCUGAAAGGAAAGAGUUGAAAUUCUUCCACAAUAUGGAUGAGAGCAACUGAGACUGAGCUAGCUUCUACAGAGCAACUCAUUAUUGAGUGAAAGGGUUAUGUAACCACAUAAAUCAGCAUUGUUUGAAGCUAAAUGACGAUAAUUAGUGCUAACAAGGCAGCUAACUGCAGCUUUUACUUGUGACUGCUGAGCCAAAGCUGAGUAUGGCUCAAUGUGGGGAAUAACUGAAGGGAUAAUUCUUUGCUUCCUCUUGUAACAUCGACAUAUUGUCUCCUUUAGUCUUUAUUUUUGUGAGGCUGAACUGGCUGAUGUUUGGUCCUCACACAGGCAUGGUUUGGCCGGUGCAGUAAACGUGACUGGGGAUGAUGUGAAGAAACUGGACGUGCUGUCCAACGACCUGGUUAUCAACAUGCUGCAGGCUUCCUACAGCACAUGCUGCAUGGUGUCUGAGGAGAACAAGGAGCUCAUCAUCACGCCCAAAGACAAGAGGGUGAGUGAUGAUGUAAAGCUGUCAGGAAAGGAGAAAAGACCGCACAGUGAUGGAUUUUGUUUAUUUUCUGCAGGGAUAUGGUGAAGCAAUAGUCCAAUGUAAAGUUGAUAAGACGAUGUUAAGAGGCAUACAUAAAUUAAUCAGUUACUUUCAACGGUUAUGUGGCCUCUACCAUAUGGCAUCUGUUCUCAAUUUUUCUUAAAGUCCCACUCUUAUCUUUUUUUUCUUUUUACUUCUUAAAGUGUUAUCAGUGGUCUUUAAAACGUGAGUAUGAAGUUUUAAGCCAAAAUCACGUUACCUGUGUCAUUUUCAAGGGCUGUUCUUCAGCAGAGCUCCAGUAGCUCAUUAACAAUUCACCUCUAAAUUGUGGCCAGAGACAGCGCUGCUCUGCACACUCCUCUUUACGCUAACUUGCAGCCUAACAUUGCUGGUGUAGUAGAAGUAGCAGGUAACAUAGGAGCUUUUCAACUCUCGGACACUGUCUUUGGGGACAUGAUGAAAUUUAAUAUCAUAAUUAGCUGUCUUAGAAGCAUUGCAAUCCACUACCUUGGGGGCGGAGCUUGGAUUUGUGACUAGUAAAUCUCACUGUGUCUGAGCCUGCCGUUUGGGUCUGCCAGAGACUCACAGCGAUUUGAAUGCAGAAAUACUCAAAAUGUAAUUUCACACUUAGUUGUCUUAUGAUGCGUCCUGUAGCAUCAGAAAAAUGACAUAUGAACAUGUAGAAAACAAGAAAAGUCUGAUUUUCAUUGGAGUGGGUCUUUAAGAUAUUCAAAAAUAUUGUAGAUGAUAAAAAGUUGUUUUAUUUGGACAAUCAUUGGUGCACUGCAUCACAUAAUAUCCUCUUGAGGAGUGCUUUGUAAAGGGCACCACAUUAGUUUUUCUUCAUUGAAAGCAGAGGGACCUGCAUCCCCUGUGUCCCUGGAGGGCUGCCCUGUUGUGACCACACUGUGGCAUCCUCUUUUAUCUGCUUAAUGAAUAUUGCAGUGUGACUGGAUCUCCUGGCUGCUUCGAAUAAUACUAUCUAUAAAUUAUUCAGAACUGGAUCACAUAGAAGUUUACUAUGCUUGUAUAAGAUUAACAGACAAAACUAACAUUUGUGUCAUUUACAAAAUUAUCUAUUAGAGGUCUUCUUGUCACUUGUCGAUUCCAGUGUAGAGCCCAGUGGGGACAUAAGUUAUUAUUUCAGAAAGGUAAAAUAAAGCACUAUAAAAUCUGCAGUUUUUUAUACAAUCCCGAUUUUAAUAAAAAGUUGGAUGCUUUGUAGAAUUUAGAUAAAAAUUUGAAUGUUAUUUUGGCAGAUCAUUUAAACUCUCUUUUUUGUGCAGGUGUCUCUCCAGAUUCUCUGACUCUUUCAGUGACAUUCUGUACCAUAAUUGAUUAAAUCCUCCAAUUCUUAUUUACUUUGUACUGAGGAAAAUUAUUCUGCAGUUAAAUGAUUUUCUCAUGUCACACAUUAAAAAUCAGGAUACAGAAACCUACAAUCUUGUCACUGAUGGACUUGUUUGCCUGUGGAUAUCAUAAAAAAGUACCAGUCAGAGUUUCAGAAGUUUGGGACAAGAGUUUAUCAUGUUGAUUUGAAUUUUCUUAAGGUAACUAAGUCAUUUAAGUAUAUUUUCAAUGGAGGGUGGGGAGCGGAUUUCCACUUCUGUAGGUUAACUCCCUUUGUAUCAACAAAGUGUUUCUCUCAUCUGUUUUUUUCUUUUUUGUCUUUUGAUUUGUGUUGACUCACAGGGAAAGUAUGUGGUGUGCUUUGACCCUCUGGACGGCUCCAGUAACAUCGACUGCUUGGCCUCAAUCGGCACCAUAUUUGCAAUUUACAAACGGGUGAGUCUGAUACAGAAAGAUGCACAGAUAUUACAGACACAAAACUGAUUCCUGUGGGUCGAAGUCAAGGGGUUGAUUAAAAUAACACUGUUUUUGAAAUGUCAUAGCUGCAUGUUCAAGUUCAGAAUCGAUUGUGUGGAAGUGGUGGGCUGAUCUGCAGGAAACGCCCUUUACAUGACACAUGUGUUAUCCUUACAGUUGUCCAACACUUGAAGAGAAGGAAUACCAUAAAAUAACAAAGACAUAAGAAAAAAAAUCAGUAAUAUAACUAAUAUAAUUCUUCAUGCAUUGCACUGUAUGAAAUGUAAUAAUUUGAGUGUUGGAAUAAACCUUUAUGGAAGUAGGAAGUUUCAAAGUGCACUGAUGCUCUGCAGACACAAGAGGCUGCUCUUGUCCAGGUUUCUGAAAGCAGAGGGUGUUAUUUAUCCUCACAAGGUUGCAGACUGGUUUAUUGGGUUGACAGGGAGUGAAACUGAUCAAGUAAUUCAGCUUUGUCAGACCCGACAAACAUGUAAAUCAUCCUGUCAGCUCCUUGAAAAACUCUUCACUGUGUUACUGUCAUCUCUAGCAGGAUGAAAGACGAUGCUCAAACACAUUCUGGUACAGCUAAAUAAAACAGAUUCUUGUAAGGGUGUGUGCGUGUGAUUAAUGUGGCUUUGCAAUGGAGACUUUUGUCAAGUUGUGUCUGAGCAUGCUUUUUGGGUCUGCCAGAGAUUCACAGCGGUUUAAAUGCAGAAAUACUCAGAUAUGCAAUUUCACACUUAGUUUUCUCAUGAUGUGUACUGUAGCAACAGAAAAAUGAAAUAUGAACAUGUAGACAACAAGAAAAACAUGAUUUUCAUUGGAGUGGGUCUUUAAGAUAUUCAAAAAUAUUGUAGAUGAUAAAAAGUUGUUUUAUUUGGACAAUCACAAUUAUCACAUAAUGUCCUCUUGAGGAGUUCUUUGUAAAGGCCACCACAUUAGUUUUUCUUCACUAAAAGCCGAGGGCUGCAGAGGGAGUUAUUUACCCUUAAAAGGUUGCAGCCUGGUCUAUUGGAUUCACAGGCGGUGAAACCAUUCAAGUAAUUCAGCUUUGUCAAACAUGUAAAUCAUCCUGUCAGCUACUUAUAAAAACUCCUCACUGUGUUCCCGACAUCAUCUGUACCAGGAUGAAAGAAGAUGCUCAAACACAUUGUGGUACAGCUGAAUAAAACAGAUUCUUGUGAGGUUGUGUAUGAUUGAUGUGGCUUUGUAAUGGAGGAUUUUGUCAAGUUAUAAGCAUAGCUAAACUUCGUCAUUAUAAGUAACUAUUUACAGAUAUGUGUUGCACCAUAAAUUAAGCUAUGCUUUUUAUUAAACAUGUUGAUGGUCUUUUAAUCCAAAAUAACAAAAACCUAAUCUGAACCUUCUGCAUUCAGUUACUGCACAUUAUAGUCCUUUUUAGCUCGCGCUCCAUACAGACCUUUGCAAACUCUCUCAGUUUAAAGGGAUUGGGGGAAUGACACCUCCUUAUUGUCGUUCAUCCUUGGUUAUAUGACUCUCUCCCUCCGCUGGUUCAGGUUUCAGAAGGAGAGCCCACGGACAAAGAUGCCCUGCAGCAGGGAAACAACAUCGUAUGUGCAGGUUACGCCCUGUAUGGCAGUGCCACCCUGGUCGCCCUCAGCACAGGCGCUGGCCUCAACUUCUUCAUGUUAGACCCUGUGAGUACUCUCCACUCACUGCCCGUCUGUAUCUACACGCUGAUGUCUGCAGGUUUAAGUGGGGAAGGAAAAGGAAGAUCAAGUCCCUACUGCUGAUCUUUCAAUAUCAUCUUUACUUAACUUUACAGUCUCUCCUUCAGGGUUAUAUGCUUUUAUUGCCCCAUAGCAGCUUUUAUUUAAGAAAACAAAUAUGAACCUGUCAAUCAUUCCUCAUGCUGCAUGUCUCCACAGUGCAAUAAGGGAUGUUGUGGGGGCUGUAAACUCACAUAAACCCUCUUGUAUUUGGCAGAGAGUUUGCCUAAUCUUAACUUUACUUUUAUAGAUCUUGUAGAAAUCCAGCAGGAGUACAAAUCACAUUGUUUAAAGAUCCUGUAAGGCAAAACAGAGCAACAAAUCAAUGCAGGUUAAAGGAUUUCAGCUCCAGAUGCAUCACUUACAUGCUUGUUUUCUGUUAGCCAGAGACCAAAGCUCAUCCUAUUUUCAUUUUUGCCACAUUUUUCUAGUCUGUUCAACGCUUGUGUAAAAUGUUUCACUCUCCCUCAGGGACUUUUUAACUCAUGGGGUUCCUCCAAACUCACACAAAAAGAGAAAACUAUGAAGAAAACAACAGGCCUCUUGGAGUACGUCUUUAGGAAAAGCUGCUUAGAAUGAACAGCUUCACUUCAUGUUACCAUAAGUAAUCUGCUUGUUGUUGUUGUGCGUCCAGAAACCUGAGAAUACCAGAAGUCGUCAUGUAAAACUUUCAAAAACAAGAGGAGAAAUGUUGCAGCUGCACUCCUACACCUUUCAGUUGAAAUUCACUACUUUUUAAUAGAUGAUACUGUUGUGUUUUUAAGCAUUUGUUUCACUCAAAGUCUCUCAAACAUAAAUCCAAAUGUAGGUGACUGGAUGAGAGUCAUAAACUGUUUAAAUUAACCCAUUUUAAAGCUUUAUUGAGGAUAACCCCCAUGUUAACAUUUUUGUUUGUUUCACAGGCCAUCGGCGAGUUCCUCCUCACUGAGAGGAAUGUGAAGAUUAAGCCAAAGGGGAAGAUCUACAGUCUAAAUGAGGGAUAUGCCAAGUACUUCCACCCCUCCAUCAACGAGUACCUCAAACACAAGAAGUACCCCGAGGUGAGUGACCUUAAAAAAAUCAAAGACAGUGCAGAGAACCCAUGAUAAACACAUCAAAAUGAUAAAGGUAGAUUUGAACCUUUUUUAUGAGAGAGUGCAGAAAGACAUGCAUAAAAGGAUCAUGGGUAGAAACCUGGGCCACACACUAUGAGGCCUUGAGUCUUUGUAUAUGAGGUGUUUUGGCAUUGAUUGUUUUUACUUUGUGUCUGUGGUUUGGGUUCUGGUUCCUUCCAGCAAAGCUGUGCAAAAGGACUGAGUCAUGCAUCCUUUCAUUUCACGGACAUACAGCUAUAUUUACUCUCAGUCCUGAGGGCGGACGUCAAACACCAGCAGCCUCUCACACCCAUCAUGUGAAUCCUGACCAAGCAUUUGCUGUGCAAGGCUGAUCUAUACAAGGGUUCUUCGUUGGCAUGACAGAAAUCCUUUUUUAAAGAUCACAGUUCUCCUUUUUCUCGUGGUUUAUUGAGAUUUCCUUCAUUACAUCAUUUUAAAAACAUGCAGUUCAGCAGUUUGAGAUCAAAGAUAUGAACUUGUCGCACACUCACAGAUGCAUAAAUAUCAGAUAAUGAUAUUUAUCUUAGAUGAGCCCUUCAGAGAGUUUACAGCCAGCCUGAUCUUCCAUGAAUCUGGUUUCAGAUACACCUGAGAGUUAAAAAGUUAAAGGUUUAAAGUUCUCGUAUCUGAACUGUCAGUGAUGGAGCAUUCAUACUCUUCCACCACAACAGAUUUCUUCUACAGACUUUAGGCGGGCCAAAAUUUGGUCUGUUUCUGUGAUUUUCAGUCGAGAAAUCCACUUCUUCUCUUUCUAUAAAAAAUGUUGUCUCUCACAGGUUUUCCUUUUCAGACCUUUUCCUUCCUUCUUAACUCCUCAUCUUGUGUUUUUUAAAAAUCAUUCUAAUCUUAAAGUAUUUGCUUUUUCAUGCAACACUCAAAACACAAGACAGUUUGCCGAAGCAAAGACCGUGAAUGACAGCAAGACCCACUGCUGCAAGUGUCUGAGUAAUAUAUUUACACUUAAACUCCUGAAACAAAUAAAUACAACAUAAAACAUUUGGUUAAUGUGAGAGCAUGCAUAGGUGAACUGAAGUCUGAGUUCAAAGUGAAGAAACUUUAGACAAACAGGUACCACAAGCAGAGCAUCAUGUGAUGAACUGUCAGUCAGUCAGGCAUGUUGUUCGGUGAGACAGGUCAGAGGGCGGCGGCUCGGUCAGCUGAGCUGCUGGAUGGUGACACUCGUACUGCAGGAAACAUCGUGUUCCUCAGGAAACUGCAGCCGGUCAUCUGGAAACCCUGAGCUCCACAAACACACAUGCACACUCAGCGAUUCUGCAGCACACUCACAAACGUGACCACAGUCAGCUCAGUCGUCAGCAUCCGUCUCAUCAGUGAAGCGGUUAGUUAUUCACAUUUUUAUGAAAUAACAUCCUGAUGGCUGAUGCUGCAUCUCUGAGGGCUCUUCUUGACCUGUUGCAGAAUAAAGGACUGAAAAAAAUAUCCUUCACAUGAGAUUUAUUCAUUUUUACAGCAAACGCAGCUGUAAUCUUAACCCUGAUACGUUAGCUGAAUUCUCAAAUAUCAGAGCUUGAAAGGGUCUGGUUGAAUAAUGUCUCAAAUUAAAUCAUCAUUUUUUUGUCUGGUUUUUGAGUUUGUUUCAAAUACUUACUGAACUAGGACCAAAAUACAGUUCACAUUUAAUGUUUGCAGCUGAAUUUGGCAACAUUUUUUAAAAGUUUAUUGACCGUUGAGUUUGUAAAGGCCACAUCACAGACUUUUUAUGUCUUGAUCUAAUAUUUUGUUUCAUUUUACCCAUGUUUUCUUUAAUUUUAUCUUCUGUUUUCUUCCAUAUUUAACGUACACACAUAACCUCGUCCCUCUUUUCUUACAGCCUUAUUCAAAAAAUUCAGAACUUGCUUUUGUUGCACCUUUUAUGCACAAACACAGACUAUAGUUUCUGAAUUCAGUGUAAAUAAUUAGGUAAGAAGAUGCAAGUUUUCCAUCUGCUGCAUGACUGCCACCUGACAGGCUGACAUCUGACAGAAGAAAAAUACAAAUGCUCUCACUCAGAUCACAAGAAAUUUUAUUCAGAAAGUAUUACUUUUACAAAAACAGCCACAUCUUUCAGCCAUGGUUAAACAGACAGCAACAUGAUCUUCAUCAAACCAAAACCUACACUGACCUUAAUGCACAAUGAGCUGUGAACUGAGUGUGCUGGGGGAGUCUACAAGGUGCAACACUGAAAAACAAUGCCACAAAAAUCUUCAAUAACUUUAACCUGGAUGGAUGAAGUUGUCAUGAUAACUCUAAACUAGAUCAAAAAGGCCUAUUUGGAUUCUCGGCUUAUAGCACUCAGAGUUCACUUCAUGUGAAAGUUGUUCCACUUUUGGUUGACUAGAUUUACAGACUGUUAAAUUUACUUCUACUCAAGUAAAAUUUCAUCAGACCUGAAGAUUCUUAAACUUUUUCCACUCCUGAUGAAGUUACAGUCUUGAAAAUGUUUGACUCAAACAUAGAAAAUGUCUGUGAGCCUCCUGUGAUUUUACACUCAUCAUCAUGUUACUCCUCACCCUCACCUUACCAUUAUGACCCAGCAGAACGCUGCAGUAACCACACUGUUGCUCACUGUCACCAUGUGAUGUGUUGUGAAAGGGCAAAGAACUUGUCCGGCAGGGUUGAACUCGAAUAUGUUGUUUAAAGGCCGGCGGUGAGGGUUAACUCAGGUGUGAAGGUGAAAUCCUUUGUCCUUUCUUUCCUGAGUGGAGGCUGCUCUGCUUUUUUGUGAAGACGGUGCACUCUGAGACAGAAAACUCCUCAGCUGUUAAUCUAUCAGCUGCUUUUGGCUGCUCGUUCUCACACCAUGCAAAUACAGAAUCAUUUAUAAGCAAUCAAGAAGUCUGAAAAUGAAACUUUAUUUUUUAUUCUUCUUAUUACACAAGAACUGCUUUUUCCCUGAAGUAAAGAAAGACUUAAAACAACACUUCACUGAUUUGCAGAAAGUCCAUGAGAGAAAAACACAAAACUUGCAAACAAAUAUUUAAGAAAGGUCAACGCCGCCUGAUCAUUGCGGUCAGAUCAUUUACUGACUUCUAUCUCCUUGUGAUAAAAAAGUAUUAAUAUAUUGCGAAACUAUAUUUCCUGUCACAUCUGCCCCUCAAACUUUCCCACACUCGCUUUUUUUAUUUUAGGAAGUUUCAUUUUGUCUGAAAUGAGACCGGCUGAAUGUACUCUGCAAGAGCGUGUGUUUGUGAGUGUUGCGUAGUGUGGGUGGGUCUGGUUUGGGAAAUACUCUUGUAAAAACACACACACACACACACACACACACACACACACACACACACACACACACACACACACACACACACACACACACACACACACACACACAGAGUGCUCCCUCAUGACGGCAAAGCUGUGACUCAGCAAGCACAUGACUCUGCGUCACGUUGUGCCCGUCUGAACUUGAAGCUCACUUCUUGGCAACUUUUCUCACAUUCACCUUUGGGACAGUUCUGUUGAUGGAAGAAGUUAAAAAAUAAAACAGGACACAAAUGAGGAGUAGAUUUUAAAAAUAAAACUGUCUCUUUUCCGUGCGGUUAAGUUUGGCGUUCAAACCCUGUCAUCUCAGUUGUCUGCAGACGGGCUGUUAUCAUAGAUGUGUUGGACUGUGUCACUCUGACUUCCACAGGGUUGUUGUGUGUUGUGUUGCUGCUGCAGAUGGACUUUGACCUGUCAGUGUGUUUGUUGUUGUUGUUGUAGAGAUUUCCCUCAGCUGCAGGUCAAAAACUGCCUUCGAUCCUUGAAUGAAGUAGAUCUGCUGGAGCUUCAACUUUUAAAUGACUGCCUGACCAGCAAGUUAACGUGUCAGCAUUUUUAAAAAAAUCCAAUUAUAUUUAGAAAAGAUCUCAGGAAUAUAGACUUGCUUUAUUAAUUUAUGUCUCUAGUCUAGAUUUGCUUGAAACAUACAAACAAUUAUAUGAAAAAUAACUUUUCUCUUUGUUGUGUUACUUUUUUAAAAACAGCAGAAGCUGAACGAAGUGCUUUAAAACUAAUAAAGGACUCAAAAUCAAAACAAGGACACAGACAAAUGAGAUAAGACAGGCAACAUAGAAGUCACAGUUUAUAGAAAUGGAGAAACAGGUCAUCUGAAUAAGACAAGAGGCCUGAAACAGAAGCAUGUGAAAGACAGUUUUGACGGAGGAAGACAUGAUUUAGUUUGGGAGGUCAUUCAAAAGCUGAGAGGCCUGAACAGCAAAAGCACGGCCACCUCCAAAUUUAUACUUAGAUUAGGGGACUUUUAGUUCCUCUUUUAGUAUCACAUAUAGAAACUUAUGUAGAGUUUUAAAUAGAUAAAAGAGAAACUCUCUUGUUGGGUGCAACUUUUGAAAAAGAAAAACUGACUUACAAAAAUCCUGUUUCUUUUAUGGUAAAGGAUUCAACAGAGCAAGAGGGUAUUCAAAGUAAAAUCAAUUGCUUUGGUGGAGAAUAAUGACACCAUCGUGGUUUGAAUGGGACAUUUUCCCUUUGAAUGUGCAGCAGUUAUCUAAAUUAUAUAUAGAAAAUCUAAAAGUGCACUUUGAUGCAUUAAUUUGAUUCCCAAAUUGAGACUCUGGAAAGAUUUUCUUUGCAACGUCACUAUGCAUUUAAUCGAGGUAGAGACUGUAAGAAAUCUCGUCUGAUUCUUUGUGGACUUCAUCAUGUAUCAUCAUCAAACCUGACAGUUUGUGCUUCUGCGUGACCAGACUUAGUCACACCUGAACAAAAACAGCUGUGGUGUUUAUUAAUACUGACAUAAGAAAGGAUCCAUAAGCAGCAGCCAUCUUGGUUGUUUAUGAAAAUGCCUCAAAGGCUUUUAAACACACCUCAUGUUGGAGAACCAGGUGUGAUUCUUUACCUGAAUCAGGCUGGAUGGAAGUUUGUUAAGGCAGUAUGGGGGUGAGACGUACCUGGCAGAAUAAAUAAAACAUGACUGUGCAGGUUUUGUGGUUCUUGGACUUUUGUGUACUUUCUAUGUAAUUUCCAUUACAUCCAUAUUUAGAAGUGAAUGAGUGCAUCAUGUGAGACCAGCUGACCCUGUUAACCUGCAGCUGUUUGUAUCUCCAGCUCAUCAACCGUGAAAAUGAUCACUCAUAAACACUCUGAAGUUUUGAUUUCAUUUACAUGAAUAGUUUCUGUAGUUAUUAAAUUUUGUUGUAAUAAAUCUUGUGUGGUUAAAGUUAUUCAAUAAAAACAUCCCUUUCUUCAUGAAGCUGGAAUUUAAUUGUUCUCUCGUCUCCUGCAGGAUGGCAGCUCCCCUUACGGAGCUCGGUAUGUGGGCUCCAUGGUGUCAGAUAUUCACCGCACCCUCGCCUACGGAGGGAUCUUCAUGUACCCCGCCAACGAGAAGAGCCCUAAAGGAAAGGUAGACAACCAUCUCCAUAAAGCUUAACUUCUUCAGUGAUCAGUGAUAUUAUUUCUUUCCGGCUUUCAUUCAGUUUUGCCAGCUAAAGCCAGCUCAAAGUCCACUUUGAAGCAGAGUGGGCCGCAGCUCAUUUCACAGGGUUGUUUAGAGCUUUGAUCAAAUCUUCACAUGAGAACCAGAACCAAACUACGAGUCCAGUCUGCUGCUGAAGAACGUAGUUGGCACAGUGCUCUGGUUCAGGUCUUACCUCACAGCCUCUCCCUCUGUGACACAGUGUACAGUGGAUUUUAGAGUUGUGUAACCUGAGAGUGUUUUUCAGCUCCGAGAUAAAUAAAGCUCAGAGAGUGUUCGGGGAGGGUUGUAGAGAUAAACGAAAGCCUCUCCUCGCUUUCUUUACAAACAGCUUAACUCUGUGACACAGUUUACCUGAAACAAACCAUGACUAUCAUAGAUCAGAACAAGUCACUUUUUACGAGUCACUCUUAAAUAAAAAAUACAGUAAACGAUAUAUACACAAACUACAACCAUAGCUCCACUAAACUGUAUGUGUAACCGCACUGACUGUCUUUUUCAAACUUUGAUCAAAGUUUUCUGUAACUUUUUCUGCUCACAGCUGCGUCUGUUGUACGAGUGCAACCCCAUCGCUUUCCUCAUCGAGCAGGCGGGAGGUGUCGCCACCACCGGCACCCAGAGGAUACUGGAUGUUCAGCCAGAAGCGCUCCACCAGCGGGUGCCCUUCGUGGUCGGCUCUCCUGAUGACGUCAACGAGUACCUGUCCUUCGUCAAAAAGUUCCAGUAGGCUGAAGUUGAACAAGAACUCUUUCAAUCAGUCCAUCAGAAAGGAGAUUAGCUAGUCAUACCAUCCACAAGGAUUCAUUUUGGGACUCGAUAAAAAGUUAUGUUUAGUCAAACUUGACACAAAGCUGAAAUUGUUUGAAUUCCCUGACUCAGCAUUUAUUUGGCUCAUGCAGUAUGUCUGAAACAAGUAUUUACCAUAUCAGAGGAACAACCUGGUUAUCAAUGCUCUGAAAUAUGUCAUUUUGUAUCCAGAAGAAUCAAAUCUGGAUAAUAAAAGAAAGUUUUUACUCUA